AAUGGAUAUCACAACAAGAACAAAACAAAGCACACUCUCCAUCUCAGAACUCCAUUAACAAAGCUCUGUUCCAAAGAUUUCCCCUUUGAAUCCUUGUUUGAUUCCAUUUCUCCUCAUCAAUGGCUACUUGUUGUUUCAGAGCUUGUUCUUCAUUGGUCUUCUCUGCAUCUUCUUCCAAACCAGAAGAUAGCAUUUCAAGGAGAAGGAUGAGUUGUGUGUUAUUACCACUUCAAAGGAGGAGUUUUUUGAUGAAAUCCUCCAAUGGGCAUCCACUAAAUGCUGUUUCCUUUCAGGAUGGUUUAUCUGAGAACUCACCCAUAGAAGAUCAAAUCGGUCACUUGUCCGAGUCCAAACAUAAUGAAACUACAAUCAGUAUAACUGUUGUUGGAGCUUCUGGAGAUCUUGCCAGGAAGAAGAUAUUUCCUGCAUUGUUUGCUUUAUUUUAUGAAGAUUGGCUUCCAGAGCAUUUUACGGUCUUUGGUUAUGCUCGUAGUAAACUAACUGAUGAAGAACUAAGAAAUAUGAUUAGUGGGACUCUCACUUGCAGAAUUGAUAAGAGCGAAAAUUGCGGUGAUAAGAUGGAGCAAUUUUUGCAAAGAUGUUUCUAUCAUUCAGGACAGUAUAAUUCUGAGGAUGACUUUGCGGAGUUGGACAAAAAGCUUAAAUUAAAGGAGGAAGGGAGAAAGCCAAAUAGAUUGUUUUACCUAUCGAUUCCUCCAAAUGUGUUUGUUGAUGUUGUACGAUGUGCUAGCCGUCAUGCUUCUUCUCCAACUGGAUGGACCAGAGUCAUUGUUGAAAAACCGUUUGGCCGUGACUCUGACUCAUCAGCUGAACUCACACGGUGUCUAAAGCAGUAUUUGUCUGAAGACCAAAUUUUUCGGAUUGAUCAUUACUUAGGGAAAGAACUUGUUGAGAAUCUCUCAGUUCUUCGUUUUUCAAAUCUCGUAUUUGAACCGUUAUGGUCUCGGCAAUACAUCAGAAAUGUGCAGCUCAUAUUCUCUGAAGAUUUCGGGACUGAGGGUCGAGGCGGCUAUUUUGAUAGUUAUGGGAUCAUUCGUGACAUAAUGCAGAAUCAUCUCCUCCAAAUAUUAGCAUUGUUCGCUAUGGAAACCCCCGUCAGUUUAGAUGCGGAAGAUAUUCGAAAUGAAAAGGUAAAAGUUUUGCGAUCGAUGAGGAAAUUGCAACUAGAUGAUGUUGUGAUUGGGCAAUAUAAGGGUCAUACAAAGGGCGGGAAAUCGUUUCCUGGGUACACAGAUGACCCUACUGUGCCAAAGAACAGCCUUACUCCGACAUUUGCAGCAGCAGCUCUUUUUAUCGAUAAUGUUCGAUGGGAUGGUGUGCCUUUCUUGAUGAAAGCUGGAAAGGCCUUGCACACGAGACGAGCAGAGAUCAGAGUUCAGUUCAGGCAUGUUCCGGGUAACUUGUAUAAGCGAACAUUCGGUACUGAUUUGGAUAAAACAACCAAUGAGCUCGUCAUUCGUGUGCAACCUAAUGAAGCUAUUUAUCUGAAGAUCAAUAACAAGAUUCCCGGUCUGAGUAUGAGACUCGAUCGAAGCAACCUUAAUCUUCUUUACUCUUCAAGAUACCCGAUAGAGAUACCGGACGCAUACGAACGGCUGCUGUUAGAUGCAAUAGAAGGAGAACGUCGGCUUUUUAUUAGAAGUGAUGAACUUGAUGCUGCAUGGGCAAUCUUUACACCUGUACUCAAAGAAUUAGACACCGAUAAGGUUGCACCGGAGCUUUACCCGUAUGGAAGCAGAGGUCCAGUUGGUGCACAUUAUCUUGCAGCAAAGUAUAAUGUGAGAUGGGGAGAUAUUGGUGAUGAAAAUUAGUGAAAUUGAACUCUCAAUUGUGGUUCUUGUUUAUGUGCAUCUUUCAAAUUUCUUUCAAUGUGUGUGUGUUUGUAUAGCAAUGGUAUUGUAUUUGUGAACAGAAUAAAAUGCAUUUGAAAAUUAUGCAA